CAGUGCUGCCAGGUGUCUGAACUGUGUGGCUGCUAAACAAGUUUCCUCCUUUUAUUUUUCUUUCUUUCUGACAUUGAUAGUUUUAUUCAUGGAUUUAACUCAGGAAUCCAUCAUUUCUCUGCUGGUGGAUGAAGGCGGCAAAAUUGAAAAAUCUGAUCUGGCUGAAAAAUUCAGUUCCUCAAUGGAGUGCGUCGAUCCGGAGGAGAGAGGUCGCCUUAGAGAGCUCUUCAAGACUUUGGUGAAUGACGUUGCCUUUGUUAAAGAGAUUGAGGGAGUCCGGUAUGUAUUGCUAAAAAAAAAGUACCGACAUUUGCUCAGAGGGAGCCAGAGGACUGAAACAUGUAAUCAUGAGAGUAAACAGGAGGUGUCAGGUGAGCCGGAGCAGAGUCCAUGUCUGCAAGAUGAAAAGACUGAGAAGUCAGUGGAUCCAGGAGGGUCAGCAGGUACUGAGGGUAAUUCAGCAGUUUUAUCUCCCAUCUUUCUGGCUCUGCAGAGGAGCCAAAUGGACACGUUCAGAAUGAGUAGGAUGCUGAAUUUUGAGGUAAAAGACAAGCAGGCAGAUGAAGCCAAGGAGCAGAGCAAACCCUUCGGUUUACCUCUGAGAGUGCCGCCAUCUCUCAGAGUGGAGAUCCACAGACCGAAUGUGAAUCAAGAACCCGACAAGAGCCCAGAACUAGACCCUUCCAGGAGCAGGAGAAAGCCGUCCAUGAUGGAGAGUCAUUCGCCAUUGUUGAGGAGGGCGGCGAGAAGCUCCAAGGUUCCAGAGGAACCCAAAGACUCAAGGAUGUCCUCCAUGUUCCCCAUGGAGCAGACUGAGCAUGAGUGGCUGGUGAAAUGCGCCGCAGGCCACUGGAGCCAGGUCCACGGCCUGCUGCUCAGCGACUGCCAGCUGGCAGAGAAGAAGGACUUCAUGUCAGGGUUCACCGUCCUGCACUGGGCAGCCAAGUGUGGAAACAGUAAGAUACUCUCUAAGGUGAUGGAUUUGUCUCGAGAACGAGGGGUUGAUAUCGACAUCAAUGCAAAAUCCCACGGGGGGUACACGCCUUUACACAUAGCCGCCCUGCAUGACCAGGAAUACAUCAUGGCCAUGUUGGUGGGCGAGUUUGGGGCCAAUGUUAAACUCAGGGACAACUGUGGGAAAAGGGCUUACCACUACCUGCACAAAGGCAUCUCCAAAACUGUGAAGGAGAUGUUAAGAGGAGCCCAAGCUGAGGUCAAAGCUCAGGAGGAGGACUCUCUUUCCCAGAGAGAGGAGCAGGACUUUCUGCCGGACCUUUCCAGAGGACUACACUCCAUAAGCCGCCUCUUCCAGCCAGCGGCGAUCAUGCACAAGAAGAAACACGGUCAGAGGUCCGGACUGUACUCGCUGAGCGAGGACCCCAAAGAGGAGCAGGAGGACUCUGCCUUCAGACACAGAGCCAUGUCCAACGCCUCCGUGUGCUGACGAAUGACGGAAAUGUUCAAACUUUAUUCUGGUAUAUACUCUAAAAACAUCCAACAGUUAAAUGAGACAAAUACCACAUGGCAAACCAGGUAUGAGCCAGAACAAGAUUAUCACUGUUUGAUAACCUUUAGUAAAAAUGCAACACUUUCACAAUUUUCAACAAAAAUCUCCAACCAAAAAUUAUAUAUAUUCAACAUAGUUCUACUUAUUUUACAAAAAAACAGACAGGAAAUAUCCCUGCUUCCGCUUAAACAUUCAUAUCGGGAAAAUUAAAGCUGUAAUAAACCAUAAUAUAUUUUUUUAUCUCCAUAUAUUGAGUUAAACAGAAGUUGGUAAAAUAAAUCAUAUCUAAGAUCAUCUGGACCCUUAAGCUCCAGCAAGCAAUAGACUUUAUUCUGCAGCUGCUCUGUUUUUAUUAAAGUAACACAUGCAUUACUAAGCCAGUAUUAACAGGUCAGUUAGUCAGGUUAGCUAUCUUGCUAACCUUAGAUUGAAAAAAGGCAUCUUUUUAAAUCUUUUUUUUUUUAUGUAUAAAAUAUCACAAAAAGCCAAAUUUAUCCUUGUAAGUAAUGGCUGUAUUAGCCUUCUUUCAGUUCGCUGAACAGCAGUGCACAGCAGCAAGUUAAGGAGUUAUCACACUUUUAUAACAAAGAUCAUGAUGAUCUAAUGGCUUUAUUUUAAAAAAGAAAAUGAUUAUUCUUUAAAAACGACUGCUGAUAAUGGGAGCUAUGUGGGUGAUCUUAUUCAUUGGUUUUUGUU